UCCUCAUCCUCUCAUCAGUGUGUAUGCAGCGACCGCAGUGGUAGGACCGUUUAUGCCGUGACGCACCAUAGAGAUCAUAACAUCAACCCAAAUAUAGCUUCGAUAACUUUAAACGUCGUUUAUGGACGCAGUGUAGGCAUAUCUCAGGAUUACCAGAACUCAUCGACACCCUCUGGAGUGAAUUUAUUUAUGUCUUUCGUUCCCGGACCGGAUGGUAGUUUUUUUGGACAGCCAAUGUGCCAGAGGAGACGCGGGUGACACAAGUGCGCAGUGUUCACGGGAAAAACAGCAGAGAGACCAGACCGCAAGGAGGGUGUUUGUUGUAACCCACCAAGCUUCGUCCUUAAGCUGUUCGACGCGGACACUGUCCACCAAUGCUGCUGAGGGCAAAACAAGGAUCAACCAGCCAGAGCGCACGGAGGGCCUGUAAACACCUUGACAUUACGUUUGUUGAUAUUAUUUGUGUGGAUUCAUAGAAGAGUCUAUUGAAUAUUAAAACACUAUAGCCUAUUAGGCCAUCAGAUAGGUGCUACAUAAAGGAGCCAGGCGUUCCCCUCAACUGUUUCGAGAAUGGGCAACAGUUUCUCCAACAUAUCUGCUUUCCAAUCACUACACAUUGUGAUGCUGGGUUUGGAUUCCGCUGGCAAAACGACUGUUCUCUAUCGUCUGAAAUUCAACGAAUUCGUAAACACUGUGCCAACAAUUGGAUUCAACACUGAGAAAAUCAAACUGAGUAAUGGUACCGCGAAGGGGAUCAGUUGUCACUUCUGGGACGUCGGAGGUCAGGAGAAGCUGCGGCCUCUGUGGAAAUCCUACAGUCGGUGCACAGACGGCAUCAUUUAUGUGGUGGACUCAGUGGACGUUGACCGGUUGGAGGAGGCUAAAACAGAACUGCAUAAAGUCACAAAAUUCGCAGAGAACCAGGGGACACCUCUUCUGGUGAUAGCAAACAAGCAGGACCUGCCCAAAUCUCUUCCAGUCGCAGACAUUGAAAAACAGCUGGCUCUCCACGAGCUCACUCCAUCCACCGCAUACCACGUCCAACCUUGCUGCGCCAUAAUUGGCGAGGGACUUCACGAGGGUAUGGACAAACUAUAUGAGAUGAUAGUAAAGAGGAGAAAAUCUUUAAAGCAAAAGAAGAAACGAUAACGACCGCCCAUGUGUCGUAACCUAUAUGGACCAUUUUUUACGCAAAAUUACUGUAUUUAAAUGCUUUUCGGGUACUCCGAUGUUGCCCUAAAAUGACGUUUACUUUGCGGUGAUUUUUGUAUUUCCUUUCAAUGGGUUAUUGUCAAAGUUGCUGACGCUAUGAACCCUAUUAGCUGAACUAUGCUUUUGUACGCAAGAGGGUGCCUCUGUGUGUGCAAGAUAUAUACCAAGGUUAACCAAAAAAAAACUUGAAAUGACUUUUAUCAUAGGAACAAAGCAUUGAUAAAUGAAAACGGGCUGGCCCGUUAUUUGCUGCUUUACGGUGGAUUCUAAUUCUGUAGCUCAACAUGUGAUUUUGAAGUAGCAUCCCAUAGCCUACCUGUAGGCCUUCUGUGAUGGACUAUGGACAUCCUAUCGACAUGUCUUCACGGAGCGCUUCUUCGGACAGCAAGUUUGACUUUGCACGUUAUUAAGUGAAUGUGGGUCAAAAUGAAAUGGACCCUGUUCAUUCAGAGAAAAUAACAAACAUAUGUCUGUGUUAUGACAGUCUCACCUCAGUCUCUGUCUCGGUAUAUUAAUGAAGACUCAACAAGGCUUUGGAGUGUUGAAUUAGCUUUUACUAUGCGUGAUGGACUAAAGAUAACAUUGCCUGCCACGUGGUCCACUACUUUGCACUUUUCAUUUCCUAACAAAAUAAUAAAGUACUACACUGUAUAGCAAAACACAGGCUGUUUAUGGACCUGAAAGCCAAAAUUGAAGUAUUUUUUUAUAUUAAAGUAUAUAAAAUGCA